AGUCUAUGUUUGCUAAGUUGAAACUAUGAUCGCGUUGAUGCGGUGUUUCAAAUGAGAAGAAUGCAUUUUGCUCUGCUGCCAUCACUUAAAAGUUUUCGUCGGCUGUUCUGUACUUAAACCAGGCACACCAGAGUACGCCGUAAUGGUUCACUGGCUAUGCAAGCGGAGACGAGCCGAGGUGACAAGCCGUAGCCAACCCGACGUAUUGAGUCACUAUAUUUGACGAUAAAGUCGUGGCUGUCGAGGUUACUACACAACAGCUAGCGAGUAGCGGUAAAUACUAUUUCUUUGUUCUUGACUGCCUAAAUCGUCUUGUACAUUAUCAAAUAUUUGUGUAAAACUGUAUUUAGUUGUGAAAAAGCAUCGUCAAAUCAACAUUUUAAACGUCAAAGAGAACUUGAGGCCAAUUGCUGGUUGCUUGGAGUUCGUCGGGUCACGAAGCGGAAUCUAACUUUGUUUGGCAACCAGGCAGACGACAGCUGAUGGUAUCGCGAUCGGUAGUGCUUCGCAUUGAAUCGGAUUUGUAAUUUCUCUUUUAUUACAUCGGCAGAUGAUCCUCGCACCAUAAUUCACUUCCAUAUAAUUUCUUUGAGUCUUUGGAAUGAUGAGUUAUUUCUCCUGUCCCACUUGAAAGGUCGAUAUUGUAUACAUGCAGGAUUUACGACCAAAUACAUCGCUCGAGUAUAUUUUUCUUUCUACCAACAAACUCUGUACCAUUGGCUUUGCACCAAGUGGAAUACACGUAGGAGAAACAUAGGAGGAGAAGAUCAUACCGUACUGUGGAAUAUAAUCCUCAUCUAGAGCCAGGAUCGGAAUUCGUUCCUUGCAGACGGGGGUUAUUACUCAGGGGAGAAACCUUCCGACUUUUACCGCAUCAAUCUGCCAACUACGGAUAUCAGAAAACACUCGAAAGGUCGUACAGGCACACGUGAAAUAUAGACGAGGCGUACACCACUCCACCGCAAUUAGCCAAUCACAACCCUCAUGUGACAUCACAUGCUCGUAAUUACUCACGCAUGCUGUACAACCAGUCAACUUUUCGUGGGAGAUACGCAGACGACACUUUGAGCCAAAAGCAUCCCGCCGAUAUCUCCCAGUUCGCGGAGUGCACAUUUUUGGAAUAAGUCAGGCGUCUAAUACUUUUUCGUGGAGUGUUUGCGUACCAGGGAAUUCUCGCUUUCUAUUUGGAUUUACUAUACAUGCCGAAGUAACUGGAUUCAAUACACCAUCGUGUUUUGUGGAUUCAUUUUAACUGGAAAAAGGAUGUGGUGAUGAAUGGAAUGCCCCUAUCAUUAGUUCAGGACUGCUGACCAAACUAUAAAGACCGACCAUCGCGAGGAUAAACAACUAUUCAAAAAAGAAUGCUGCAGAGAAACGAAACGGUCACUGAUUUCCUAAUCGAUCUUCAUAGACGGUCCAGCUGAUGACGACAUCCCCCUUCAAUGAUUACAGCCAGGAAAAUGUUGAAAGAGCCAUCAUGGAUCGCCCUCGACGUCGUUGCCUUCAUUAUAUUAGCAGUCUUACGAUUGGUCAGUGGCCAGUACAGCCUCCAGGCUCCGACCAAUCACGUUGCGCUUUCCGGGAACGUUCGAGUGUCCUUCACCAUGCCAGGUAUAGGACUAUCCUACCCUCCGAACGUCCUACUGAUCGACCUGAGCAACAAUGCCCUGCGGAAGAGUACAUCCGUUCCAUUGUCACUCACCGGGGAUGUAACCUUUGAGUGUAGCUACUUUGACCAUGCAGGGACUUUUCAAUUUCAGAUGCAAUCUACAAGAAACAGGAGUGAAAUCCUCGCGUAUAGUAAUAUCAUAGAUGUAGUAUGGCCCGACGUUGAAAUCAGUGUCCCCACAGAUCUGGUAGCGUCAACAAGGGAGUUUCAAGUGGAAGCUGUAGUGACUUCGAAUCUGUGCAUAAAUAUGAGGCAUAACCGCUAUGUUAUCGAUAUGCUGCUGGUGUAUCAUGGGAAGAAUUUACCAUCGAAUGUGCAGCACGCCUUCCCCGAUGGACACGGCGUGGUGGCGGAUUCGUUUCCCGUCGGUGAACUCACGCUAAAUGACGUCAUCACUGUAGAUUUUGGGUGUCGUUCGGCGGAUCGUGCCGGGCUCUACACGGUGCUUCUUCAGUCCGAUUUUGAUCAAGACACUGUCGAAAGAAGCAGCGUCUUCGAAGUGACGCGGAAUGAAAAUUACGGUGUGAGCGUGUCGACGCGGGGAAUCUAUCCGAACUGUUCCGGAGCCGGCCGAAUAAAUCCGAUCCUCGUUCGUGUCACCCAACCACCUUGUGCCAACGAUGACGACACCGUGAGAGUCCUGGGGCAGACCGAAUCCUUUUCUUACACGCCCUCUCCGUCAAGCCUUGUACACAUCAUGGAGAAGCGCAUUUUCAAUCCCGAUGAAAGCUUACAAUUUUUCUGCAGCGAGUUCAGCGAACUCUAUUCAGGGUUCUGCUUCCGGUAUAUCAGCUUAGCAAGGUCAGGCGCUGUCGAUGACCAGGCAACGGUCUGCAUACCUCUGGAAUAUGAAGGUGAGCCGGUGGACGGGCGUUGGAGUGAGUGGUCUCAGUGGGGUUCGUGCACAGCGACCUGCGGGCAAGGAGUACGUCAUCGAUCACGAUCGUGCACCGACCCGUCACCGGCGAACGGCGGGGCCGAAUGCUCCGGCAACCUUCUCAUGACCGAGAUGUGCUUCUUGGAGCUCUGCUUGACAGAGCCUGUUCUUGUUACACCCAACUCUCUCGGACCCACCUGCUAUUGCGGUUGCACCCUGACUACCGAAGAGGGUAGUAUCCUAUCCAACCCCUUAUUCUGCGAGAACCGCAACCUCUUUAAAUGGGUCAUCAUCGCACCGGACAACCACAGCAUACGCCUCGAGUUUGUCUCCUUCUACCUCGCUAUCCAUAGAGAGUAUCUGCGCGUGCGCGAUGGGGAGGAUGGGGAUUCCCCGCUCCUCGCGUACCACACGGGCGUGGCUCUACCUGGACCCGUGUCUACCAGUGGUAACACCAUGUAUAUCGAGUACAGGGUGGUGAGAGGGGGCAACUUGGACCAAAUGGGCUUCAGUGCUGUAUUCAACUCGCAAGCCUCUGAUGUGGUACCUCCUCCUCCUCUACCCGUGGGCAACACAAACGAGUCCCCAGUCGACGUUGGUGAGCUGAACAACACGGCUAUCCUGAUCGCCGGCAUCGUACUGGGCGUUCUCGUCGUCCUGUUCAGCAUUGUCUUCGCCGUGCAUGCCCGAUGCAGCCGGAAAUACGACUACAAGCCGGGCAUGCCGCAUGACGACACCGCAGAGACGCAGCUCCGAGGCAUGGGCAUGGGGACAUCAAGUGUCAACUCGUCAUCGACGCACCAUAGCCGACCGUGGGGAGCGGCUCCGAUUGGACGUAGCACGACGUCGCAGUCGGAACAGUCUAAUCAGAGCACCAGCAAGCGUGGAUGGCCGGAUGGGGAUCGGAGCCAACUCUACGUGGUGCAUGACGAGAGCUCGAAGUAUUACAACGAAGCGAGCUUAUCAUCGUCCCACCGCUCAACCAAAGAGAAGUUACCAAGUAUACCCAGCCCCUACCACGAGGCUGAGCUUGAGAAAUGGACCAAGCGACAUGGGCAUAAGAUCGCUGUACCUUACCACGCUGGGGAUGUCAGUCGAGGAUCUGCCGGCGAACUCUCCACCAGUAAACACAGUGGAAGGACAGAUCGUAAUACAACACACCUUACUAUGAAAUCCCCACAGGAAUUUGCAAUGACAGGAAUACACGACAGUAGGACUAGUAUGUCCAGCUCAAAGAGAAAUCAAUUUCAAGAAACGUCGCACAGCACUCCCCAGGUGCAGGCAGUAGCGAAAGUCGAGAAUACUGACAAUACGUCCCCUUACGUGAACAAAGAUGGACAGCUUACGCCACUGGGUCUAGCAGUGUCGAAAUUUAACGAUAAUGGUAUGGCGUUUAGAAUACCAGAAGGGGCCGAAAACCCCGAUGAGGAAAAGAAAGAACACAAAGAACGUAAGCAUCAUAGAACUCAUCGGCACAAAGAUCGAUCAGACUUGAAAAGUCCCGAUUCGAUGUAUAGCGACGGUAAAAAGCGGAGAGGGGUUGUGCACCCAGAAGAAGCAAUGCAAGAGGAAGUGACUCCUGCGGAAAAUGAGCGAAAGCUUCCAGUAGCGCCAAAAAUGGCGUUUUACUCGGACGACGAGCCGGACUGGCGACCGGCGCCAAAUCAACCCGCCGAAGAAGACAUUCGAGCGGAGACGUUGCCUCGCGAAAAGGCACGCGAAAAAUCUAGCCAUUCAAAAGGCUCAAGCUCGCGAAAGAACGACCCGAAUCAUCUACGCAAUGGUGCAAUGUCCCCUCAUAGAACUUCAAAAGAAGAUGGCCUUGGCUCAGGGCAUAGCUCGACACUGAGAAGUGACAAAUCGGGGUCUUUAGAUCGACACGGUCGGCAUGAUAGAAGUCGAAAGCCGCCAGUGCCGGCGCGGCAUGGACAACGCUCCAAAAAGCAUGCUGAGAAACCGGCGAUCCCACCGCGACCUGAUCCCCACCGGUACGCCAACCAUGUAACGAACUCGCUGGAGAACUCGAGGCAAGACGCACCUAGUUACAGCUUACCAAGCGAUCACCUCCCGUCUAUGUCCGACUACAGCGGUCAGAUGUCCGUCGAACCUUCCCCCGUGCGGUUACCGCGACCGCUCAACCGCAAACAGAACCGCGCUCAGCUCACCCAAGUCUUUAUCAGUGACGAAAGUCUGAUUCGGCCGCAGUCGGGAGCCGAGAGCUCUCGUUCGGGAGCCUCCCAUCGGCAGCUCCCGGAGACUCCUCCCUAUGGGUUUUCCCCUUACAGGCAACAGAGACCAAACGCCCAGCGUCACCAGAGUGACCUCUCACUCUCGAUCUCUCAAGAUGAACCAGAGUUUGACUAUUACAUUCCCACCGUACCGGGUUCAUUCUUUGAGAACCCCUAUCCAAUGAGCCCGUCUGAACGAACAAUCAACAAAAUGAGUAAACCAAAGUCUCCAUCGGCUUCGCUGAUCUAGAUGAGAAAAAAAAUGAAAGAUAUUUCA